CCUUCCCCUAAAUUCCAGCUUUCGGCAGAGUGCAGAGGAACUGUAAGGGUGUCCUGCACAGGACCAACGUUUAACAAAUCUACACUCGAAAUGCAGAUACAAUAUGCUUUAGGGUCUCUUGAAGAUAAUUGCAUAAAAUCAAUGUGAAGGUGUUGCGCUUUUGCCAGAAAAAGAGAUGGCUGUUAAGGCUGCCAUCAUGAACUCACAGUUCUUAAACUUCUGUUUUCCUGGCUCGGUCAUGGAUUACGAGGUGGAAAAUCAUCUGGAAGGGGGUCUUCUGAGUGAGGAAGGUUGUGAGGGGGAUUUUAGGGAGACCACUAGGGACCUGCUUAGCUUCAUUGACUCGGCUUCCAGCAACAUCAAACUUGCGCUGGACAAACCUGUUAAGUCCAAGAGGAAGGUCAAUCACCGCAAGUAUCUGCAGAAGCAGAUAAAGAGAUGCACGGGGAUCAUAUCACCUGGAGCCGCUCAAGUUCAAGAGCCUUGCAAGAGGCAAAGUUUGCCCCAGACCUCAACAAGCAACCUGUCCAGCAAAACAACACCUAAGAAGGAUGGAAUACAGGCCAACCUGCAAAGCAAGAGUCUGGCUGCCCUCUUCAACCCAGCGAAGGAUGUACGAGGAGAGAGGGCCAAGAAGCCCCCGCUGCGGCAUCGAAACCUUCCUCCAUCCUUCUUCACAGAGCCGGCCAACAGCUCCAGAGUUACAUCUACUUCUGGCAUGUCUCUCAAAGACCUGGAGCGAGGGACUCCAGAAGCAGCAGAGUUUUUGGAGCUCCUUGGACCUGAUUACAGCAACAUGGUCUCAGAGCAGGAUUUAUUUAACACCACACCAAUCAGGAUUCAGCAGGAGGUGACCAUGGGCCCUGAGCCAUUUGACUCCCACCAUUUUGUAACCGGUGGUUUUUUGUACACAGAACCCUGGGGAACUUGUAGCAGCACCUCCAAGAAGUCAGCAGACAUGCGCACAGUACCUGCACAGCUAAAUCUUUAUAGUCACACAGACCUUUCUAGCAGCAUGCCUGUUGAACAGAGCUCACCAUGUGCACUUACAUUUUCAAAUUUCCUUACAGACUGCUCCACACCUCCAGGGUCUUAUGAUCUGGCAAAUGGAUACAACCGAGCAAGCUUUUCUUCCCUUUAAUCAGAGAUUUUUUUGUUCCUCAGACCUUUAAACAAAACGCUUAUGAAUUUUGAGCUACCAAUAUGUCACUGCCUAUAUAAUGCCUUAAAAACCAACUAAUGGAUCAGAAUAAAACAUUGCUUGAUGAAAUGGAAUGCAUACAGUUUUAAAUAUUUAAAAUAUAUGUAUCUAAGAAUGAUUAUCCAACAUUUAUUAAAACAUAAUUUGUAUUACAGAUUUCUAAUCAUAAAUUAACAAAACUUUGUGUAAAUGGAGGAAAGUAGAGCAGCAAAAAGUGUUAUUUUCUAAGGACCUCUUAAUAUUUAGCAAUGAUAUUGAUUCAUACGUAAUAACAAUUUGAAAAAUUUUUUUUAAAGAGCUGAUCUCAGAGUUUCUGCUUUGUCAAAUGCUCAAUAGUCACAAAUUACAUGGAGUAGUGAAGUGCUUAAGCCACCUAAAAUACAUGACUUUAUUAACAAGACAAUUCAAAUUAAGAUUUUUUCUCAUAAUUAAUUUCAAUUAUUGUCAUUUUUAAUUUUAUUUUAAAAUCAAAUUCCCAAUUUGUCCCCAACAAAUUAAACACAGUUAUGAUUCAUCUCUUAAAAUACAGACAGUCCUAAUGUUUUAGUAUAGUUGUUAUAUGUGUUUAUCAUUUAAAAUAAUCCAACCUUUUUUGUUAGAUACAUUGUUCUUGUGCUGUUUUUAGUGUAAAAAUAAUCUAAACAAAAAAUCAAACAUCAUGCAAUAGUGGCAAUCAAGACAAUCUAUAUGCAUUCUUAUUUUUAUCACAUUGUUCAGUAAUAGCUUAUUGUUUGUUGACUGCUUUACUAGAUUUUGUAAAGCUAGAUUUUGUGAAAUUGUACAAAAUAAACUAUAUUAUGUAUUGGUAAAAAUGCAUUCCAGUUGAACAAAUAAUUAUACAGAUUAUAAAAGCAUAAACCAUGCAAGAGUUUUUUAUAACAAUAUGGUCUUGUAUCAGUUUCAGAUAGAUAAUUUAGAAUAAGACACUACCAAAUGGAUUGGGAAGCAACAGCUCACAAAUAACUUUUAUGUAUUGUUGUAGUCUCUAAAUAAUGUUUUCUUUUUAUGUUGGAAGCAUCAGCAAAGUGUAACCAUUUGUGUUGGUAAUUUAUACAGUGAAACUAGUACAUACUGUUCACAUUAUUUGCAGGAAAUAUUCACAUGUAUUCAGUUUUUUCUGACAUUUGCCUUUUCAAGAAUUUAUUUGAAUACUUAUUGUAUAUUUACUAGUAACAAAUCACACACCUAAAUCUUUGGACAACAGGGGGCACUGGAUGAAACUUUUGUUUGGUCAUAAAGUAAUGGGACAAAAUAAAGCUGGUCUUUAUGUCUAUUACAUCA